AGUAUUGGGGUCCCACUCCCAGAGGCCAUCAGGAGGAUGCAUUUAGAGAUGCUGUCAGUCUUGGAGAUUCGGCUGCGCGGGUCCACGGACCAGUGGACGGUAGUGCUCCUUUCCUCCCAGCACAGUUGAGUCGACAAGCCGAUCUCUUCCCCAAGUCUGAAUUAUUCGCCAGAGGAGGGCCGCGGAGUCUAGGCUGUGAAGAUGCCCCUGGAGCUGACUCAGAGCCGGGUGCAGAAGAUCUGGAUCCCGGUCGACCACCGUCCUUCGUUGCCCAGAUCCUGUGGGCCGAAGCUGACCAAUUCCCCAACAGUGAUUGUCAUGGUAGGCCUCCCAGCCCGGGGUAAGACCUACAUAUCCAAGAAGCUUACUCGAUACCUCAACUGGAUUGGUGUCCCCACGAAAGUGUUCAAUGUUGGAGAGUACCGCCGGGAGGCUGUGAAGCACUACAGCUCCUACAACUUCUUCCGCCCUGACAACGAGGAGGCCAUGAGAGUCCGAAAGCAGUGUGCCCUCGCUGCCUUGAGAGACGUCAAAAGUUACCUGACGAAGGAAGGGGGCCAAAUUUCAGUUUUCGAUGCCACCAAUACUACUAGAGAGAGGAGACACAUGAUCCUUAAUUUUGCCAAAGAAAAUGAUUUCAAGGUGUUUUUCAUCGAGUCAGUGUGCGAUGACCCUACAGUUGUGGCCUCCAACAUUAGGGAAGUGAAAAUCUCCAGCCCGGAUUACAAAGACUGCAACUCAGCAGAGGCCAUGGAGGACUUCAUGAAGAGAAUUAACUGCUAUGAAGCCAGCUAUCAGCCCCUCGACCCCGACAAAUGUGACAGGGACCUGUCCUUGAUCAAGGUGAUCGACGUGGGUCGGCGGUUCUUGGUGAACAGGGUUCAGGACCACAUUCAGAGCCGGAUUGUCUACUACCUGAUGAACAUCCACGUGCAGCCCCGCACCAUCUACCUGUGUCGGCACGGAGAGAGCGAGCACAACCUCCAGGGGAAGAUCGGAGGGGACUCGGGCCUGUCCAUCAGGGGCAGGAAGUUUGCCAACGCCCUGAGCAAAUUUGUGGAGGAGCAGAACCUGAAGGACCUCAAGGUGUGGGCCAGCCAGCUGAAGAGCACCAUCCAGACGGCAGAAGCCCUUCAGCUUCCCUAUGAACAGUGGAAAGCGCUCAACGAAAUCGAUGCUGGUGUCUGCGAGGAGAUGACCUACGAGGAGAUCAAGGACACCUACCCUGAGGAGUACGCGCUGCGCGAGCAGGACAAGUACUACUACCGGUACCCCACUGGGGAGUCCUACCAGGACCUGGUCCAACGCCUGGAGCCAGUGAUCAUGGAGCUGGAGCGGCAGGAGAAUGUGCUGGUCAUCUGCCACCAGGCCGUCCUGCGCUGCCUGCUGGCCUACUUCCUGGAUAAGAGUGCAGAGGAAAUGCCUUACCUGAGAUGCCCCCUUCAUACUGUCCUGAAGCUGACGCCAGUCGCUUACGGCUGCCGUGUAGAAUCCAUCUACCUGAAUGUGGAGUCCGUGAACACACACCGGGAGAGGUCAGAGGACGCAAAGAAGGGACCUAACCCACUCAUGAGACGCAAUAGUGUCACCCCACUAGCCAGCCCCGAGCCUACCAAAAAGCCUCGCAUCAACAGCUUUGAGGAGCAUGUGGCCUCUACCUCCGCUGCCCUGCCCAACUGCCUGCCCCAGGAGGUGCCCGCACAGCUGCCUGGACAACCUUUGCUAGGGAAAGCCUGUUUGCCAGUGGCAUUUCUUCUCAUGAGCAGCAGGAGCACCAAGAGGCUGGGGGGUGGGGGAACCCCUGGGAUCUUAAGGGCUGUGGUUGGAGGAUGCCCAUAAAUGUGGUUUCCCAACAAAGCGAGCAUGACGGCCCAGCCAAUGUGGUGUCCUCCAGUCCAGUCCUGGGGGCUGUUUCCUGUGCUUGGGGCCAGCCAGUCACCAUGCAUCCUUGACUUUGAAAUUUCAAAUGCACACUAACAACAAAAUGCUCCCUAAGAUGUGUUUUGUUUUUUCUUUUCCAACAUGUUUCUUCCUUUGCCCCCACUAUGCUUGAAAGACGAACUGUCUGUCACAUUUUCUCAAAGUUUUCUCCUUACUAACCUUGGAAAGGUAAAUGGCUCGGUGCAUGCCUCUCUCAGUCCCCUCUGCAUCUCUCUGAGUCAUGGCAUCUCUGCCUGGCAGGGCGCCUCGAUCUGUGUGAAGACUGGCCAUUGUGAAGUGUGUGACUCAUACACCCCAUGCCAGAGAACUCAUGAUUUUUUUAAGAGCAGCACCCUUGUCCUGAGGUCCCCUCUCUCACUUCCUCCUUUCCCUCCAUGUGUCCUGAGCCAGGGACACCAUGAGUGAAUGGUUUGACAAUGCCUGUGCCUGCGGCCCCCAGUGUCAUUGUCCCGUCGCCAUCAUUUGUGGGUGCUCGGAGUCAGGCUUGACAUGUGUGAGGACGGGUUGGAGGCAGCUGGGCAGCACCUCGCUCUGACCCUACAAGUUGACUGGGGCCUCUCUGGUUUCGAGGCUAUAGAGUUUCCCAACAGACACCCACAUCACAGAGAGUGUCUGAUGUACUGUAGUUGGAGGUCCAGUCGCCUGGGCUCCCGAGUCCAGCUGAGAGCAGGCUCAGAUCUGGCCUUCAGUUCUCCCAGCCUGGGCUUCUCCUCUGUCGGGAUUCCUGCACCAGGGCCCUUGGUUCUGCAGGGAAGGGAGUGGGCCCAGGUAAUCCUUGUAUAUUUGUCUCUCUGGGUUCCACUCUGUACCCCUGCCCUAUAAGACAAUCCUGGCAUAGACACUCAGGAUGGGAGAGAGCACUUUUUAAAAAAGAGUCUCCCUUUUGGUGGGUAAAUUAAGGAGGUUAAAGAGACCUCUGCUGUGUAGUGGCAGCCAUCAUUCAUCCCCAGCUGAUAGAAAAACAUUGGGGAGGGGGGGGCGGUUUGGUACUGGCCAGCUUCUUACAGACAAGGUUUCUGGCUGGGAUUACUUUUAUGAGAACGGGAAGAGAGCCUUAGUGACAGUGCCCAUGUCCAGCCCGCUCACGGCACCUGUGCUCCAGCCGCCAAGCUCGUGUUCCUAGGAUCUGGAUCUCAGGGGCUGAGGUGUGUGGCCCUGCUUGAGCCGAGUGGGGAGGAGAGUCCGUGUGCUUUUUUAGAGGGCCUCCUGGAGCCUCUGCCUGUCGUGGCCAACAAGACUUCCCGGGGCAGGGGCAGCCCCAGGGCUCUCAAGAGCUGUGAGCUGAGGGGGGGUCCUCUACCUGUUGGCCCCAUUGCUCCCCAGGACAGCUCUGACCUACAGAGCUGCCUGCUGUCCCUCUUCUCCUUCCUCCGCCAUGAGGCCUUCUCCUGUGUGACCCUGGCCUUCACCUCCACAUGUUCCUGGGGCCUCCCUGGGCAACUGCCACCAGUUUGGUUACUAAUGUUCUCCCGGGAUUGUGUUUUUUGUUUGCGGGGAGGGAGGUUGAAGUCUCAAUUGCAUGGUUUUAGUCUUUUGCUUUGGAAACCUAGUCAACAGUAAUAACUCCCCUUCCCCAUCCUUUUUCUCCUGAAAACAGAACAUGAAUGGCUCCCAGAGCAGCGUCGACUCCUCCCAGACACACUGAGGCAGACCCAUCGGUUCCAUUCCAUUUCCAUUCCUGCAGCUUAGGUAGGGCUCUUCCCUCCACCCGAGGCCGACCAUGCCAACGGCUUCUCCCGGAAAGGGCUGGGCGGCGUAGAAGAGGGGUCUGCUGGUCAAAGUGAACCUCUGCUCCCAACAGCACCUGGGCGGCCAAGACCCCAGCACGCCUUUCCUGUGUGUGCACAGAAUCUAGGCUUCUGUGGCCACCUCCAUCCCAUGCUCUCCCCACUGUCCAGGCUGUGUGGCCUCACGGACCCUUCAUAAGACUUGGUGAGGACAAUGAGCCGUGGAGGAGGUGAGAGAAGGCCCUGAGGAGGGGACGGACAUUGGACACCUCGUGCUGUUUUUUUGUUUCAUGUCUGUGACCUUGGCCUGGAAUGUUCCCAGCUGGGAAAAUGACAUUGGUCUCAGAAUCCUAAAAUUGAAGGGGCCUAGGUCCCAGUUGCUGACAGUUCAGGGACGUAGGACACUUCAUAAGGCUUGUUGGUGCAUCUUUGCCUGGGAUGUUGACCUGUGAAGACAAGACGAGUUGCUGGGGUGGAGCUGGCCAGAGAGCCAAUCUGGAGGUGCAGACAGAAGUCCCUGGGCUGGACUCGCUCAUCAGCUAAGCAGUGACCCUCUCCGUGUCCACACACUGUCCCAGGCCUGUGCUCAGCCACUGAAGAUGUUGGACAGUCUGGUGGUGUUGGCAAGAGGAAAUGGCCCCGGGGCCUCACCCUUCCCGGGAGCUGCGUGGUCCCUCUGCCGCAGGCCUGGAUCAGAGGCACCUGAGUGAGACAUGGCUUCCCUGGGGCUGCUUUGCUUUGAAAUUUUUCUGGCAGAACAUGUGACCUGAACAUCAUACCUUCCCUUCAGGAAUUUAGAUGUUUGGGUUUUGUGCCCCUGGGGGCUAGAGCUCUGGAAGAAUGUGGGGAGUCAGGCAUUCCCAUGAGAUGGGGGGCGCAGAGGAACCCCAGUAAACGGCUGGGAGCAAGCGCUCAGAUCAUUGCAAGACAGCCCCCGGGAGACAGCAUGGAGAACAAGGAUCCAGCCUCCUUCCUUCUGGACAUUCAUCACUUCCCGUGUUUCCCAGGUGGGGACAGUGGCCCAAGCUAGGCCCCACUCUGGGCCUCUUCCUCCAAGAGGCUAUGUUCAUGGCCUCCUGCAGGAGUCAGCUCAUUCCCGCACGUUUUCAUGGAGCAUCUGCUGUAUGCCGAGCAUGGUGUGGGUUCCUCGGGGAAUGUCCUCUCUUGCCUUAGUGGCACCUGUGACAUUUUUGAGGGGCAUUUCAAGCAGGAAUUGGGGAACAUGUGAUUCUAAAUACCUGUAGUUUCUAUCUCCUUGUUGCCUCCAAGUAAAGGGUGUCCUGCGGUCCAGAAGAAACGGUUUGGAGACAGUUUUUGUCCAAAUGACCUUUGAGGAUCUUUCUAAAAGCUGGUGCCAAAGGUCAUGUUCCUUUCCUGCCCUCUGCUUUUGAGCCUGACAUCCUCACCCUGCCUGGCCUGUGAGCUAGCUGAGAGCAGGAGUGGGCAGGCUGAGACAGAGGGAGUGGGGAGUGGAGAGAACCUCUAUUUUUACUUGAGAGGAGCUUUUAGAGAGUGUACGUUUCUCUGAUUGGGAUUACUUGGGAAGUGGAACAUGCUUCAGAUACCAUACAAUAAAAUGGGAGGUUUUCACACCAAAUCACUCAACCCCUGCCCCUUACUUGGCAGUCUGCCUGAGAGGAUCUGUAUGUAACAUUCUGUACCACUGAAGAUGGGUUAUUUUCCCUCUUUCUCGCUCUCUUGUGUCCAGCUGACGCGAGUGUGUGCUUGUAGGGUGGGCGUAUAUUUAGGCAGAGGGGCCUGUGGUUCUGCUCUUGAGGAAGACUUCACUGUGUCCCACUUUCUGGAACUCUCUUCCUGGUUGUCAGAGCUAGCUCUGGUUUUUGACUCUUACAGCCGAUUUGAGUGGGGUUGCAUGAAGGUGCACACCCCUCGCCUCUGACAGCCUGAAGUAGGUACAGACAAAUGAGGCUUUGCCUCCCACAGAACAUAGUUGUAAGGGCCUGGGUGGGGCAUAGGCAUGAAUAUGGAUGGGGAGGGAGCCUUGGGAGGAGCCGAAUGCUGCUGAGGUCACCUCUGAGUAGGUGUUGGAUGGAGGGUGUAUGGGAGCUGCAGGCACGGAGCACUUGCUACUUUAUUGCCUCUCACUCCCCCUCACCUCCCCACCCCAAAAUAUCUGGGACCAAUUUUUUUUUAACUUUGCAUAUUUGUUUUUGGGUAGGUGGACCCCUCUCCUUUUUCUGUCCUGAGACCCUGGACAAAACUCUUCAUCUGGGGGGAGAAGAAAAACUGUUUGAACCACACCAAUGAUGCUUUCGUUUGUAAUACUUGAAAGUUAUUUUUUUAUUAUUUUGAUAGCAAAUGUGCUAUUUAUUUAUUUAAUGUGUAUAAAGGAGCUUGAACAUAGACAAUUUCUUAUAUUGGGUUGUUGUUUGUCGGUUGGUUUGGGGCCUUUUACGUGCGACUUAAGACUUCUCUGCAUUCUGUAUAUUUGUCUGAAUUAAUUAUCUGGGAUGAAGCUGUGCUGGCUUUCACACAGGGGCUGCCUUUCAGAAAUUUGUAUAUUUUGCAGUUGCCAAAACAAUAAAAUACCCAAUUGAAAUACA